CCUUCUCUAAACACAUCUGUGAGAUCAUAGGAUUACAUUCAAGUAAAAAAAUGGCUAUCAAGUUGAUCCUUGUCGUCAUGGCAGCUGGAACGUUUGCUCUAUGCAAUGGAGGAGCUAUUCCAGUACCUGUUGCUGCUGUAGCUUCAGCAACGGAUUACGAUCCUCAUCCGCAAUAUACUUACGCUUACGAUGUAAGCGACAGCUUGACUGGUGAUUCGAAGAGUCAACACGAGAGCAGAAAUGGUGACGUUGUUAGUGGCAGUUAUAGCUUAAUCGAAGCCGAUGGUACCAGACGAGUCGUCGAAUACACCGCUGAUCCAAUUAAUGGAUUCAACGCUGUCGUCCACAGGGAACCUGUAGCUCUUAUUAAACCGAUCGUUCCUGUUGCUCCUGUUGCUCCAAUUGCCUACCAAAAGAAGAAGAAAGAAGAUAUCACCGAAAGAUUAGGUGGGGGCGGUAAAGGCGGGUGCUUUGACGUGUUGCGGCUUUGGGUGCAAGGAAUUCUCGCGGGUUAUUGUCUACGGAUGGCACAAAAAUGUAAGUCGCAACCGAGACGUAUAAAAGUGCCACCGAUUUUACCCCGAGGCAUCAGUCUUCUGCCGAUCCUCUUGUGGACAAACAUGGCUGGCAAGUUCGUUGUAUUUUUGGGGUUGGUGGUGUUCGGGCAAUGUGCGGUGGUACCGGCGGCGAUACCAGCUGUAGCGACUGUUCCUGCGGCAAGACUGGAGGAAUUUGACCCGACACCACAGUACAGUUUUGCCUACGACGUUCAAGACACUUUAACGGGUGACUCGAAGGCUCAAUACGAAACAAGAAACGGUGAUAUCGUUCAGGGUAGUUACAGUUUGAUCGAAGCCGACGGAACCCGGCGUAUCGUCGAAUACACGGCCGAUCCCGUAAACGGAUUCAAUGCCGUCGUUAGCAGGGAACCUGUCACUGGUUUAGCUGCUAUCGCUGCACCUUUUGUACCCUAUGCACCUGCUGUGUCACCCUCCGUUGCAGCUGCACCUGUACCUGCACCAGCUGCACCAGCUAUUCCUGCGACUGGUCCCGAUUCGGACGUUGAAGUGGUCGAAGCUAGAACAGGACCUCUAAAGAACGCACCGGCUCCACGCGAUUUCGAACUUCAACAACAGCAGAGACAACAGCAACUCGAACAGAUACGCCAGCAACAGCAACGUCAACAAGAACAGCAGCAACAACAGUUGCAGCAGCUCAAACAAAUACAAGAACAGCAAGAACAGACACGCCGACAGAUUCAGCAACAAGUCAGGCAAAAGCAACAGCAACAAAUACAGCGCUCGCAAGAAGAUGGUCAACAGGAAGAACAGAAACAGGAGGAGCAGCAGGAACAGAGAUCUUCACCUGUCAGAGCUCUCGCCAGUCCGGUUCAACUUCGAUUAGGACAAACUGAGAAUGCUCAAAGAGGAUUAGUCCAAUUACCAACGACAAGAGCUGUCGCUACUUAUCCCGCCUACACUGCUUAUACGGCAGCAUACUCAUCGCCGUUUGCCUAUGCGGCACCUCUUACCAGUCUCACCUAUGCAUCUGCACUCCUGUAAAAUAUGUAUCGCCUAAUCUCGAUUUUUACACGACUUGUCCAUCGAAUAAUAUGUUACUAUUAAGAUUUUAAUAAAUUGCUUGUAAUCUUCUGAAA